UGUAGAAAAAUUUCAGAUUUAACAUUCUAUCCCCUUUUAUAAUCGUUAUAUUUUUAAAAUUACCAAAAUGUCUUUCGAUCAAAAGGAGAUUUUCAGCUUGAUGUACAAGCUGGCACGGCUUAUAGUUCCCGAUACUCGGGUUGAAUACGAUUCGAUGGGUCCGAUUCACAUUCCCUUGGAUCGAAUGUACGGACCGCUGACCAUGAGAUCCCUCAUGAAAUUUCCAAUUGGCGGAGUCGAGGAACGAAUGCCUCGACCGGUGAUAAAAGCCAUGGGAAUUGUGAAGAAAGCUGCUGCGGAGGCGAAUAAAGCGAAUGGUCUUGAAGAGGAGCUCUGCGAAGCCAUUUCCAAAGCCUGUGAUGAUGUUAUAUCCGGGAAGCUCUACGAUGAAGAGCACUUUCCCUUAGUUAUAUGGCAAGAUGGAUCUGGUGAACACACCAAUAUGAACCUAAACGAGGUGAUAUGCAAUCGAGCCAUCGAGAUUCUCGGUGGUCAGAUGGGCACCAAGGAGCCAGUGGAUCCCAAUGAACAUGUCAACCUUUCCCAGAGUUCCAAUGACACCUUCUCCACGGCGGUUAAAAUCGCAGUGGCCAUGGAACUGCAGGAGAAAUUGUAUCCCAGUUUGAGGAAUUUUAUUGAUAUACUGGGAAAAAAGUCGAAUGAUUGGAUGGAUGUGAUUAAGAUCGGAAGAACCCAUUGGAUGGAUGCAGUGCCUCUGUCCUUGGGUCAGGAGUUCAGUGGCUAUCAGCAGCAACUGCUGAAUGGAAGGUGUCGACUGGAUACCGCACUUUGCAGACUGUAUCAGCUGCCCAUGGGAGGCACUUAUGUGGGCACAAAACUGGACACAAAGCAGGGUUUUUCCGAGCAGUGUAUCAAGCGAAUUGCCGAUCUGACUUCUCUGCCCUUUAAGGAGUCUCAAAACUUCUUUGAGUCCCUCUCCUCCUGCGAUUCCCUUGUCGAAAUACACGGGGAACUCAACACAAUUGCAACGAGUUUGAUGAAAAUAACCAACGAUAUUCGAUUCCUUAGUUCAGGUCCUCGUGGCGGUUUGGGUGAAUUAAAUCUGCCGGAAAAUGAAGCAUCCAUAAUGCCGGGAACUGUGAAUCCCACUCAGUGUGAGGCGAUGACCAUGAUUUGCGCCCAGGUGAUGGGUAAUCACGUGGCCAUUUCAAUGGGAGGCGCCAGUGGACACUUUCAGCUCAACACUUUUAUGCCGAUGAUCGCCUCGAAUAUCCUGCGAUCCAUUAAGCUUUUGGGCGAUGGCAUGAAGUCCUUCUGCGCGAAUUGCCUCGAGGGAAUCGAGCCGAAUAAGAGCAAGAUUGAGAAGAUCAUGAAGAACUCCUUGAUGCUGGUGACCGCGUUGAGUCCUUACAUUGGAUACGAGAGGUCCGCUGCAAUCGCCAAGGCAGCCCACAUAAAUGGAACCACUUUGCUGCAGGAGGCCCUAAAUGCGGGGAUCGAAAGGGAGGAUUUCGAGGCUUGGGUGCAGCCCAGCCAGAUGCUGGGACCAGAUAGAUAAAUUCCAUAUUUUAAAUUACUUAUUACUGCUUAGUUUGUCAAGAUUUAACCAACCAAUAAAGGCAAUCAAAUUAUUUUUGGUAUUCAGCGGUA